AUGAGGAGCUUCGUCUGUUUUGGUAGGAAAUUGGAGAGUUUUUGUGGCGAUUCACGCACCAAAGGCGCAUGCUUCAAACAAUCCUAUCAUGGUGUGAUUUCGUCCUCUUCUCGUUUCUUGCUCCUCAAACUGAACCCUUUCUGGGUUCAGCUUGCUUAUUUCAUAGUUCUGUCUUUAAUCGGCUACGGGGCCCUGAAUAUAGCAAAGCCAAAAACCGACUCUUUUAGGCCUAAGAAUAUUGAUGUAUUCUUCACUUCUGUGUCUGCAGCAACGGUUUCAAGCAUGUCAACUGUAGAAAUGGAGGUUUUUUCAAACACCCAACUUAUUAUUAUGACUACUUUGAUGUUAAUAGGUGGGGAGGUCUUUGUUUCCAUGCUUGGACUUCUGCUGGCAAGGUCCAGGUUCCCUAAAAAACAACAUCCUGAAAACAAUAUAACAUUUUUUAGCAUCCCCAACAAUUCCUUGACCUCGAAAAGCAUUACUCAUCAAAUCGAAUUUGGUACGGAUUCUUGUUCAACCGUAGAGAAUGAUAAACCUGAUUCUGACUUAGAAAGUGACACUAAACUGUCUUCUAUGACUGACAGUCUGCAAUACAGCGCUAGUAGGUAUUUGUGCUAUGUGGUAUUAGGUUAUCUCUUAGUAGUCCAUAUAGGUGGUUCUAGUUUAGUUUCCAUGUACGUAAGCCUGGUUCCAAGCGCAAGAAAUAUACUCAAAACCAAAGCGAUUCAGAUAAAAACAUUUUCCAUUUUCACUGUUGUGUCUACUUUUGCAAACUGUGGCUUUGUGCCUACAAACGAGAACAUGAUAAUCUUCAAGAAGAAUUCAGGUUUGCUGUUGCUUCUAAUUCCACAAAUUCUUCUUGGCAACACAUUGUAUCCCGCUUGCUUACGAGUCCUGAUAUGGCUUUUGGAGAAAAUCACAAAACGCGUGGAGCUCGGGUGCAUCCUGAAGAAUUAUAAGGAGAUGGGCUAUAGCCAUUUGCUGUCAGGCGUUCAUUGUUCUCUUCUUGCUGCCACUGUAUUCGGCUUCAUAUUAGUUCAGUUGAUUCUAUUCUGCUCUAUGGAAUGGAAUUCAGAGGCCAUGGAUGGUCUUAGUUCAUAUCAGAAAUUCGUAGGCUCUUUGUUUGAAGUGGUAAAUUCAAGGCAUACUGGUGAAUCAAUAGUUGAUCUUUCUACCAUCUCCUCAGCGAUCUUGGUGCUCUUUGUUGUUAUGAUGUAUCUCCCUCCAUAUACUUCCCUUCUACCCACUACAUAUCAGGAAAAGAAUUCAGGGAAGGGCCAGGCAAGUGAAAAUCACGGGAGGAGCAUUUUGGAGUGUCUGUUAUUCUCUCAGCUCUCAUACUUGGCCAUCUUCAUCAUCCUGAUUUGCAUCACCGAAAGGGAAAAGAUUAAGGAAGAUCCACUCAACUUCAAUGUGUUGAGCAUCGCCAUUGAAGUGAUAAGCGCUUACGGGAAUGUUGGUUUCUCAACUGGUUAUAGCUGCAAAAGACAAGUGAAACCUGAAAGCUCCUGCAUAGAUACAUGGGCUGGAUUUGUAGGGAGGUGGAGUAACAUGGGAAAGCUUAUCCUCGUCGUUGUAAUGUUCUUUGGAAGGCUAAAGAAAUUCCAUAUGAAAGGUGGUAAAGCCUGGAAACUCUCUUAGUUAAUGCUGGAUCCAAAGUGAAGUCCAAAAAGCUUGUGCAGCCACCAGGUUUUCAAUGUUUUCUGUGAUGUAAAUUGGCACUGUAUAAUAUAGGUCAAGAAUAAUCCUUAUGCUGUAUUUUGAGUUUUUGCCACCUUGAGGAUUAUAAAG